UGGGCAUCUUGGGUAACUGGUCAGGCAAAAUCGGCUAUAUAGAGGCGAUACAGGCAUAGAAGUUCACUUUCUGUUUCCUCUCCGGUUGUAGUAGGUUUGAAAUAUUUCAAGCAGAUUUCUUCAGAUUUAAGGUAAGGUAUAGUAAAAAGAGAUGCCGAACAUUAAGUUACAGAGCUCAGAUGGGGAGGUUUUUGAAGUGGAUGUGGAAAUAGCCAAAUGUUCCGUUACCAUCAAAACCAUGUUGGAAGAUUUAGGUAUGGAUGAGGAUGAAGAAGAAGUGGUACCACUUCCCAAUGUAAACUCUGCUAUUUUGAAAAAAGUUAUUCAGUGGGCUACAUACCACAAAGAUGACCCUCCCCCACCAGAAGAUGAUGAGAACAAGGAGAAGCGAACAGAUGACAUCAGCAGCUGGGAUGCAGAUUUCCUUAAGGUUGAUCAAGGAACACUCUUUGAACUCAUAUUGGCUGCCAACUACCUGGACAUCAAAGGUCUGUUGGAUGUGACAUGCAAAACAGUAGCAAACAUGAUCAAAGGAAAGACACCCGAGGAGAUCCGAAAGACUUUCAACAUAAAGAAUGAUUUCACAGCUACUGAAGAAGAGCAAGUUCGCAAGGAGAAUGAGUGGUGUGAGGAGAAGUGAAAUGGUUCCUCUUGAAAUGGAAACUUAACUACCUUCAUGGUUCCAAAUGCCUGAGUAAUCCUUUCUUUAGGGCAUUUGAAAACUAUUACUGAAAAUGGUGACAUUACAAAACUUUUUUUUUUUCUUUUUAUCGUAAUUGUAGCUUGUGUGUUGGCCAAAUCCAAAGAGUCACUGAUAAUGGUCCACAAUACUCUUUGUUACGUCUGUAUACUCGUAUAUUUUAUGAUUAAUUACUAUAAGCACACUACACUAUCUUUAGUUACAUCUAUAUGCUCAUAGAUUUUAAGAUUAAUUAUUAUAAGCACUAAACUGUAAAUACAUCUGUUAGGUUACUUAUUUUGCACUAUGGUUAUAUGAUGGCUGAUUGUAUCUGCAACACUUUCACAAUUAGAUAAAUUGACAAAUUUUCCUAAAUUAAAAUGUUUUUAAAGUAUAUUAACUCAAUUAUGUUAUUAGAUAUUACUGACAGUAUAAAACGGUGGUAAGUUUGGUUAAAAUUGGAAGAUUAAAAAGACUUGUUAAAUUGUGAAUAAAUUGCUACACUGUAACAAACUUUCAAGUGUUUGAAAUAAAUUUUACUAUCAAUUA